AUGACCCCCCCCCCUCCCAAUCACCCCCCUUUCAUGGCCAGGAGACACCCCUCCCAAGCACACCCUCCCCCAAGGGCCAGAAGACACACCCUCCCCCAAUCCCCCUCCCCGGGCCAGAAGACACCCCCCUCCCAGUCCCCCUCCCCCGGGCCAGAAGACACCCCUCCCCCAGUCCCCCUCCCCCGGGCCAGAAGACACCCUCCCACAAUCCCCCCUCCACCGGGCCAGAAGACACCCUCCCCCAAUCCCCCUCCACCGGGCCAGAAGACACCCUCCCCCCCCCAAGGGCCAGAAGACACACCCCCCCCCAAUCCCCCUCCCCGGGCCAGAAGACACCCCCUCCCAGUCCCCCUCCCCGGGCCAGAAGACACCCCCUCCCCCCCAGUCCCCCUCCCCCGGGCCAGAAGACACCCUCCCACAAUCCCCCCUCCACCGGGCCAGAAGACACCCUCCCCAAUCCCCCCUCCACCGGGCCAGAAGACACCCUCCCCCAAUCCCCCUCCACCGGGCCAGAAGACACCCUCCCCCAAUCCCCCUCCACCGGGCCAGAAGACACCACCUCCCAAUCCCCCCUAUCCUCAGCCCACCCCCCUCCCCAGGAGACACCCCUCCCAAUCCCCCCUCCCCAAGAGACACCCCUCCCAAUCCCCCCCAAGAGACACCCCCCCCCUCCCCAAGAGACACCCCUCCCAAUCCCCCUCCCCAAGAGACACCCCUCCCAAUCCCCCCUCCCCAAGAGACACCCCUCCCAAUCCCCCCCCUCCCCAAGAGACACCCCUCCCAAUCCCCCCCCUCCCCAAGAGACACCCCUCCCAAUCCCCCUCCCCAAGAGACACCCCUCCCAAUCCCCCCUCCCCAAGAGACACCCCUCCCAAUCCCCCCCUCCCCAAGAGACACCCCUCCCAAUCCCCCCCCUCCCCCUCCCCAAGAGACACCCCUCCCAAUCCCCCUCCCCCCCUCCCCAGGAGACACCCCUCCCAAGCACACCCUCCCCAAGGGCCAGAAGACACACCCUCCCCCAAUCCCCCUCCCCCCUCCCCAGAAGACACCCCCCCUCCCAGUCCCCCCUCCCCCGGGCCAGAAGACACCCCCCCCCCAGUCCCCCUCCCCCGGGCCAGAAGACACCCUCCCACAAUCCCCCCUCCACCGGGCCAGAAGACACCCUCCCCCAAUCCCCCUCCACCGGGCCAGAAGACACCCUCCCCCAAUCCCCCCUCCACCGGGCCAGAAGACACCCUCCCCCAAUCCCCCCCCCUCCACCGGGCCAGAGAGACCCCCCCCCAAUCCCCCUCCACCGGGCCAGAAGACACCCCCCCCAAUCCCCCCUCCACCGGGCCAGAAGACACCACCUCCCAAUCCCCCUAUCCUCAGCCACACCCCCCUCCCCAGGAGACACCCCUCCCACUCCUCCCCAAGAGACACCCCCAAGAGACACCCCUCCCCCCCUACCCAAGAGACACCCCCCCAAGAGACACCCCUCCCCCUACCCAAGAGACACCCCUCCCAAUCCCCCCUCCCCAAGAGACACCCCUCCCAAUCCCCCUCCCCCAGAGACACCCCUCCCAAUCCCCCCCCUCCCCAAGAGACACCCCUCCCAAUCCCCCCCCAAGAGACACCCCUCCCAAUCCCCCCUCCCCAAGAGACAUCCUCCCCCUCCCCAAGAGACACCCCUCCCAAUCCCCCCUCCCCAAGAGACACCCCUCCCAAUCCCCCCCCCCAAGAGACACCCCUCCCAAUCCCCCCCUCCCCAAGAGACACCCCUCCCCAAGAGACACCCCUCCCAAUCCCCCCAAGAGACACCCCUCCCAAUCCCACCCCUCCCAAUCCCCCCUCCCCAAGAGACACCCCUCCCAAUCCCCCCCUCCCAAUCCCCCCUCCCAAUCCCACCCCUCCCAAUCCCCCCCCAAGAGACACCCCUCCCAAUCCCACCCCUCCCAAUCCCCCUCCCCAAGAGACACCCCUCCCAAUCCCCCCCUCCCAAUCCCACCCCUCCCAAUCCCCCCUCCCCUCCCAGACACCCCUCCCAAGAGACACCCCUCCCAAUCCCACCCCUCCCAAUCCCCCCUCCCCAAGAGACACCCCUCCCAAUCCCCCCUCCCCAAGAGACACCCCUCCCAAUCCCCCCUCCCCAAGAGACACCCCUCCCAAUCCCACCCCUCCCAAUCCCCCCUCCCCAAGAGACACCCCUCCCAAUCCCCCCCCAAGAGACACCCCCCAAGAGACACCCCUCCCAAUCCCCCAAGCCCCACCCCUCCCCAGGAGACACCCCUAGAUGCUGUGCUCAGAGCUGCUGUAGCUUAA